AUGUUAGAUCUCAUCUCACUCGGCGAGAAACUCGCUUCAGAAGGCCCUCACAAAACCGAAGACACUCCCCGUCGAGUUCGCGGUCUCUUGGGUGGAAAAUACAUCUUCGACACCCUUGAAGCUAAAUAUGUGUGGGAGCAUCCCUACUAUCCAUACUUCUAUAUUCCUUACAACACAUUCUCGAGUGAUGUUAAAUUCGAGAAAGUCGUUUCCAAGAAAGGUUUCUACAUCGCCAAGCUCACUUCGGGAAGUAAAAGUACAGAUCGGGUAAUCGUUUUCGAGACUUCCAAAGGGGAACUGAGUGACCUCGUCCGCAUCGAAGUAUCUGCUCUCGACGCCUGGUUCGUAGAAGACGAGAAACUCCUUGGGCCACACCCGAAAGACCCCUACAAACGUGUAGAAACUAUCCCUUCGUCCCGCGAGAUCCGCAUCGAAGUCGAUGGCGUGGUCGUGGCGAAGAGCUCGCAGAAUGUAUUUCUGUUCGAGACGAUGUUGAGGCCGAGAUUUUACUUGGACCCGACUAAGGUCAACUGGAGUGUUUUGAGGGAGAGUGAGACGAUUAGUUAUUGUCCAUACAAGGGGAUGGCAAAUUACUAUCAUGUUGAUAUUGGGAGCAAAACAAUUGAGGAUGCGGUAUGGUAUUAUAAGUACCCGACUGCUGAAUCGGCACUGGUUGCUGGAAGACUGUGCUUUUACAAUGAGAAGGUGGAUGUGUUCAUUGAUGGUGUACAGGAGAAGAAGUGA